AUGUUCCGACGACUCACUGGAUCGCAGUCGGAAUCGUCCAUCUACGGCCUGGUAAACGACUCCCAGACGUCCAUGGGAACCAUGGACUACGCCAACGAGCUGGCGUCCCAGCUGGACAUGUUGCUUAAGAAGGAUAAGCCCCUCUCCACAGACGAUUCUGCCAGUGUGGCAUCUUCGUCAGCAGCUUCUAGGACGUCGUGGCUCGGACCAUCCAUCCCACGCCACUCCCGGCACUUUGUCGAUGCCUUGUACGACAAGGUGAUUCUUCCCAAGCUCAAGAAAUCGAUUAUCGGAGAUGUCGAUUCGGACCUCGGCUCGGCCGUGGCCACACCCACGGGCUCGGGAUCGCGACGAGGGUCCUUCAGUACGAUCCGGGCCUUGGACAUCUCGGAGGAGCCCUUUUCCGAGUCGGAUAUCUCCGUUUUCGACGACUCUGUAUCUGUUGCCUCUACCGCGUCCUCCGAGCCGUUCCGAAUCUCGCAACAUAACCCCCCCAAACCGGUGUUUGACCCCGAAGCCCACGAGGCCGGUCCUGAAUUGAGUAUCCCGCUGCUGCUGCGAAACAUUGCCGAGCUCAGCAAGCGAGCCGGAGGCGUCAUGAAGACCCAGACCGUGGUUCUCAAGGCCAUCCAGUGGCAGAACCCAUGCCUAUCCAUCUCCUGCAUCUUCAUCUAUACCGCCAUGUGCCUGUACCCCGGUAUUGUCUUUGUGCUGCCUGGUCUGCUCUUCAUGUACGGCAUCAUGGCUCCAGCCUACGCCGAAAAACAUCCUCUGCCCAAAGAAUACCGUCCCAGCCCGUGGACGGUCAAAAACGAGUUUGACAUGGCUGCCGACGACGACACGUCGAUCCGAGCCGCACAAAUCAAGCGAAUCAAGGCCGCUGAAAAGAAGCCUGUAGACGUUAAGAAGAGUAUGAAGAACUUCCAGAACGCCACCACUAACCUGAUCAAGGCGCUUGACAAGCUCGAAAGCUUCCUGUCAGGACCCGCGGGAUUUGCCAACGAGUCUCUCUCUGCUCUCAUUUUCCUUUUGAUUGGAUUUGCCAUGAUUGGCACUUUUUUUCUGUCGGCCUUCAUCCCCUGGAAGGCUCUGCAGAUUGGAGCUGGCUGGGGAGUCAUUAUUGCCGGCCAUCCUACGCUUCUCAAGCGAAUCGUGGCUAUUUUGGACGAGCUGGAGAAGUCUGACGACGAGGAGAAGCCCAAGGAGUCCCCUGUUAUUGCUAUUCUGCAAAAGGUGCAGAAGAAGGAGUUCAUUAACGAUGAACCUCCUCAGGGAGAGACGGUCGAGAUCUUUGAGCUUCAGCGACAGGGCUUGACUCCCCGACAAUGGGACUCUUGGGUGUUCACAUCCUUGGUUUACGACCUGGGUUCUUCCUGGAGACAGGCCAAGAAGCGGCCUCCUGGGGCACCCUUUUUGGGCGACGUUGAGGCCCCUGAGGGAUGGCUGUUCUCAAAAAUGCAUGAUUGGGAAGUGGACAUGAACCCCAAUGAGUGGGUUGGAGAGCGAGGGCUGGGACGAUGUACGGAGAUGGACAACGACGAGUGGGUCUACGAUGUGGAGAAGGGAGUGAGAGGAGAGUGGCGGCGACGACGGUUCAUUCGAACCGCUUUCAAGGAGAGCACCGUUCCCAAGGAGUUGUUGGGCCUGGUUUAA